AUGGGAGUGAUCUGCUUCUCCAGCAUAGCACUUUCCGCAGAAGACCCAGUAGAUGAAGAUGCUCCGAGGAAUAAAGUGCUGCAAUAUAUGGAUUACUGCUUCACGGGUGUUUUUGCUUUCGAGAUGUGCCUUAAAUUGAUAGACCAAGGAGUACUGUUGCAUCCGGGCUCAUACUGCAGAGAUUUUUGGAAUUUAUUGGAUGGUAUCGUCGUCUUCUGUGCGCUUGUGGCCUUCUCAUUUGCUGGAGCUGAAGGAUCUGCUGGCAAAAAUUUGAAUACAAUCAAAUCACUGAGGGUACUACGUGUGCUCAGACCUCUGAAAACAAUCAAAAGGAUACCAAAACUAAAGGCAGUAUUCGAUUGUGUGGUUAAUUCGUUGAAAAACGUUUUUAACAUAUUAAUUGUUUAUAUGUUAUUUCAAUUUAUUUUUGGCGUUAUUGCUGUUCAACUUUUCAAAGGCAAAUUUUUUUACUGCACUGAUAAAACUAAACGCUUCGCUCAAGAAUGUCACGGACAGUAUUUUGUUUUUGAAAGUCCCGAUGACGCUCCACGCGUUGAAACACGUGAAUGGCGCUUACGUCCAUUUAAUUAUGAUAACACAAUUAAUGCAAUGCUGACAUUAUUUGUCGUUACUACAGGUGAGGGUUGGCCUGGAAUUAGGCAAAAUUCGAUGGAUACCACCGAAGAAGAUGAAGGACCUUUACCGUUUUAUAGAGUUGAGAUGGCAUUAUUUUAUGUGAUGUUUUUCAUCGUAUUUCCAUUUUUUUUCGUCAAUAUUUUCGUUGCGUUAAUUAUAAUUACAUUUCAAGAGCAAGGAGAGGCUGAAUUAUCUGAAGGUGAUCUAGAUAAAAAUCAAAAACAAUGCAUUGAUUUUGCACUAAAUGCUCGUCCAAGAUCAUUGUUUAUGCCAGAAGAUAAAAAUUCAAUGAAAUAUCGAAUCUGGAGAUUAGUUACUUCUACACCAUUUGAAUAUUUCAUUAUGGCAAUGAUUUGUUUUAAUACAAUUAUAUUAAUGAUGAAGUUUCAUGGAAAUUCCGAAUUUUACGAAAAAAUUCUUCGAUUCUUUAAUACAGCACUAACUGCAGUAUUUACCGUUGAAUCAAUCUUGAAAAUAUUGGCAUUUGGCGUAAGGAAUUAUUUCCGUGAUGGUUGGAAUCGAUUUGAUUUUAUUACUGUAGUUGGUUCAAUUACUGAUGCAUUAGUGACAGAAUUCGGAGGUCAUUUUGUUUCACUUGGAUUUUUACGUCUUUUCCGAGCUGCACGUCUAAUUCGUCUUUUACAGCAAGGAUAUACUAUUCGAAUAUUACUCUGGACAUUUGUUCAAUCUUUUAAAGCUUUACCAUAUGUUUGUUUAUUAAUUGGAAUGCUAUUUUUUAUCUAUGCUAUCGUUGGAAUGCAGGUAUUUGGUAAUAUUUGGUUAGAUGCGACUACAGAAUAUAACAGACACAAUAAUUUUCAGUCGUUUUUCAACUCAAUUGUUUUACUUUUUCGAUGCUCAACAGGUGAAUCCUGGCAAGAUAUAAUGAUGGCAUGUACGGCAGGAAAAUAUUGCGCUAAGCCUAAUUCAUUUGAAAUUAAUGAAGCUAAAGGGCCAACGUGUGGAACUCAAAUGUCUUACGUAUAUUUCACUACAUUUGUCUUUCUUUCUUCAUUUCUGAUGCUGAAUUUAUUCGUUGCCGUAAUUAUGGAUAACUUUGAUUAUUUAACACGUGAUAGCUCAAUUUUAGGACCUCAUCAUUUAGAUGAAUUUGUACGUGUUUGGGCAGACUAUGACCCCGCUGCCACUGGUCGAAUUCAUUACACAGAUAUGUAUGAAAUGCUGCGCAACAUUGCACCGCCAGUAGGCUUUGGGCGUAAAUGUCCAUAUCGUCUAGCUUAUAAACAUUUAAUACGUAUGAAUAUGCCUGUAGCAGAAGAUGGAACAGUUCAUUUUACGACAACACUUUUUGCGCUUAUACGUGAAUCGUUGAGCAUUAAAAUGAGACCAGUGGAAGAAAUGGAUGAAGCUGAUGAAGAGUUACGUCAAACUUUACGUAAAAUCUGGCCAUUGAAGGCAAAAAAAAAUAUGAUUGACUUAGUGGUACCACCAAACACAGAACUUUGCUAUCAGAAAUUAACUGUUGGUAAGCUGUACGCUGGUUUAUUAAUCUUGGAAAAUUAUCGAGCUAAUAAGUCUGGCGCUGAGGUAAAAUAA